AUGCUGGCCAUCAUUACGAAAAUGACACUGACCCAAGUCUCUACUUGGUUUGCUAAUGCGCGUCGAAGGUUAAAGAAAGAAAACAAGAUGACUUGGUCGAACAAGGACAAAGAUGACGAUACAACUCAAGAUAAAGACGACGUCAUGUCACAUGACCAAGCAGAUGACUUCCUCAAUGGUCGAGAUGAUAAUGCCAGAGAAGAUUCGUCUUCAUCUUUUGAUGAAGAUGAAAGACUAGAUGUGUCUGGCCUGGAUGAGAAAGAAGACGAUUUCCCCAACUGCUUACCAACAGCUGGCAUCAGAGAUUCUGAUAUUGAUGACGAGAGACCAUCGACAGAAAAACUGAAAUCUUCUUCUCCGAUCCCACUGACAACCAACGAACUGACCCCCAGUACGCCAACGCAAAGCACCGACUCACAUACUUUCUAUAGGUAUGGCCCGGUUAUACCAAAAACCUCCUCGUGCGUUACUGAACCAGCGGACAAGCAACACUCACCGAAAAUUGUGGAAGCCGGACGAGACAGAACUUCGUCCAAAAUUAAUAAAAAUAACAGAGAAUUCAAUACAACUCCAGUAGAUGGCGCUACAAAGGAUCUCUGCUCUCCACCUGUGCGUAGAAAAUCCCGGUCUGAAGAUGAAAUCUCGCCAUCGAAAAACCAAAAUUCCGAAACGGUACAAGCCAAACCUAAGAUCUGGUCAAUCUCAAAUAUUAUGAAUACUUCUUCCACGUCUUCUAAAUCAUCGCCGUUGGCGUCUUGUAGCAGUAGUAGUUUGAAUAGCAAUUGUCAUUUGAGUUCAAAAAAUGUCCAGAACAAAAUAUCGGGCCGUGUCCAGCUUCCGUCUGAUGCUCACCUGUCGACCAAUCGCCCCAGUAUACUCAACUAUGACAGCGCCAUGAGCCGUGAACGUAUGUGCGCUCUCCAGAUUUACCUACCCCCGCACGAAGUAUUAACGAACGCGUUCGCCCAUUCAGCGCACGCUGAUCUCGCCUCCUUCCGAAAUUUGUGCGUGGCAAGCAACCACCCACUGGAAACGCCGCCCCACACGCCACCGGAGCGACAAGGUGGCUCCCAGUUCGACGUAAACUGCCCUCAGCAUUCAUCAGCUCUUGAGACCCCUGCUACGUUAGCGGCGGCUGCAAUGACGAAUAUAGCUUUGCCGCCGACGACCGGUCAGUCACGUGAUAUCAACGGCCUUUCUCUCGUGAAAACCUUCCAUAAGAUCCCAAAGUAA